AUUACACACGCCCAUACGGCAGCAAUGGAUCUGCUCUUUUCUUGACUGCCCCUCGUCGUUUCUCUUUGGCAGCUGCCUCUUUACCUUGAAGCUCCUCAAAGCUGUACCUGUUUCAAGGCUGAGCCUGUUUGCCGAGACGGGCUCACUUCCUUUACCCUAGCCAUGUCUUCGGAACCGGAUCUCCACCAUGCCAUCUCGAUGAAACCACACCCCUUCCACAAACAUCCUGACCGCGGAGAGCGUACAGCGAGCCCCCACGCCCAUACCGCCUCCACCUCACAACAAGCCAGCGCGCCUGAAGGUGCCGUUCACAAGUUCAAGGGCAACAGCACAGCUGUCGAAACCACGUCUACCCACGAACACGACCCUAUCGCACGCCCCAGCCAUGUCCUGAACCGCGCCGACAGCUCCAGCGAUGUUGAAUCGCAGCCUCUCCCUCAAUACACGCUCGACAACGACCCCUACCAUCUCGCUUCUGCGAUCAAGCCCGAAGAUGAGCUCGCCCAGAUCCGCGCAAACAGCUCGCGCAAGCGUGACGGCUGCGGUCCCAUAAGCCUGAACAGGAAGGCGCGCAAUGCAAAGAAGAUAGAGGAGUUCUACGAAGCCCAGAACGAGAACAUCGAGCGGCUGCUGAAGCCCGUCGACGACCACAGGCGCGCGGCCAAGGAAGAAGGCGACGCGAACCAGCUCAAGUACAAGAUCGCCGUCAUUGGAUCGUUCGCAGCAAAUGUCAUCCUCGCAUGUCUCCAGCUCUAUGCCGCCAUCAGCUCAAAGUCGCUGUCCCUGUUCACCACCAUGGCUGACUCGCUCUUCGACCCGCUGUCAAACCUGACGCUGAUCAUGUGCGCCCGCGCCGUGUCGCGCGUCGAUGCACGCAAGUACCCCUCAGGCAAAGCACGUAUCGAGACCGCCGGCAACCUCUCCUUCUGCGCGCUCAUGAUCACCGUCUCCGUCGUCAUCGUCGUCGAAUCCAUACGCUCCGUCGCCGAGCACAGCGGCGCCGAGACAAACGACUUCUUUCUGCCCUCUGUGAUCGCGGUAGCCAUCGCGUUCACAACAAAGCUCAGCUUGUUCUUGUACUGCUGGGCGAUUCGCAACAAGUACAGUCAAGUCCGCAUCCUGUGGGAGGACCACAGGAACGAUUUGUUCAUCAAUGGCUUUGGUAUUUUGACGAGUGUUGGUGGUGCGAAGUUGAAGUGGUGGAUUGAUCCUAUGGGUGCUAUGAUUUUGUCGGUUUUGAUUAUCUUUUUGUGGAGUAGGACGGCGUAUAGCGAGUUCCAGCUGCUUAUUGGGGUCACGGCGGAUACGAAUAUGCUUCAGCAUAUUACUUAUAUCUCGAUGACACACUCCCCCGCCAUUCGCCAGAUCGACACCGUGCGCGCCUACCACUCGGGCCCCCGCCUCAUCGUCGAAGUCGACGUCGUCAUGGACCCAGAGUCCAGUCUCAGGGCCACGCACGAUAUCGCCGAGGAGCUGCAGAUUAAGCUUGAGAGUCUGCCGGAUGUGGAGAGGGCGUAUGUGCAUGUCGAUUAUGAGACGGACCAUAGGCCUGAGCACUUUUUGAAGAAGGAGUUGUAGCGAGGGAGUGGUCGGUAUAGGGGGUGUGAAAUGCUGUCGCGGGCAAGAGGGGUGGAGAGAUGAAUGGGGGAUUUUCGAGCGAGCUAGAAUGCGUGAAGUAAGAGAAGAGUAUGAUGAUACCCUGGAAUGACA